AACAACUUGGAGAAAAUGUGCAGGUCUCUGGAAGACCAGAUGAAUGAAUAUAAAACAAAAUCAGAAGAGGGACAGCGUGCCAUCAAUGACUUCACCAUGCAGAAAGCAAAGCUUCAAACUGAGAACGGUGAACUUUUGAGGCAGCUUGAGGAAAAGGAUUCUCUGGUGUCUCAACUCACGAGAGGAAAACUGUCGUACACUCAGCAAAUUGAAGACCUGAAAAGACAACUGGAGGAAGAAGUCAAGGCCAAGAACGCAUUAGCCCAUGCAGUGCAGUCUGCUCGCCAUGACUGUGACCUGCUCAGGGAGCAGUAUGAGGAGGAGCAGGAGGCUAAAGCUGAACUGCAACGUAGCAUGUCCAAGGCCAACUCUGAGGUGGCUCAGUGGAGAACCAAGUAUGAAACUGAUGCCAUCCAGAGGACCGAAGAACUAGAAGAGGCCAAAAAGAAGCUGGCUCAGCGUCUGCAGGAGGCUGAGGAGGCUGUUGAAGCAGUGAAUGCUAAAUGUUCCUCUCUGGAGAAGACCAAACACAGGCUGCAGAAUGAGAUUGAAGAUCUCAUGGUGGAUGUAGAGAGGUCUAAUGCUGCUGCCGCUGCUCUGGACAAGAAACAAAGAAACUUUGACAAGGUCUUGGCAGAGUGGAAACAGAAGUACGAGGAGUCUCAAACAGAGCUGGAGAGCUCUCAGAAAGAUGCCAGGUCUCUGAGCACUGAGCUCUUCAAACUGAAGAACUCAUAUGAAGAAUCUCUUGAACAUUUGGAGACCAUGAAGAGAGAGAACAAGAACUUACAAGAGGAAAUAUCUGACCUCACUGAACAAAUUAGCGAAGGUGGAAAGAAUAUUCAUGAGCUUGAGAAGAUUCGAAAGCAGUUGGAACAAGAGAAGUCUGAGAUACAGACAGCUCUGGAGGAAGCAGAGGCCACACUGGAGCAUGAGGAAGGGAAGAUUCUCAGAGCCCAACUUGAGUUUAACCAAGUAAAGGCUGACAUUGAGCGCAAGCUAGCUGAGAAAGAUGAAGAAAUGGAGCAAUCGAAAAGAAACCACCAGCGAACUGUGGAUACUCUUCAAAGCUCUCUGGAGGCUGAGACUCGGAGCAGGAACGAGGCCCUGCGUCUGAAAAAGAAGAUGGAGGGAGACCUCAAUGAGAUGGAGAUCCAGCUAAGCCAGGCUAACAGGCAGGCAGCUGAGGCCCAGAAACAACUUAAGGCCGUCCAUGCCCAUCUGAAGGACACUCAACUUCAGCUGGACGACUCUCUGCGAGCCAGUGAUGAUAUGAAGGAAAACAUUGUCAUUGUUGAGCGACGCAACAACCUUCUUCAGGCUGAAGUGGAGGAGCUGAGAGCAGCUCUGGAUCAAACGGAGAGAAGCCGCAAACUUGCAGAGCAAGAGCUGCUGGAUGUCAGUGAGAGAGUGCAGCUACUGCACUCACAGAACACCAGCCUGAUAAACCAAAAGAAGAAGCUGGAGGCUGAUACAUCCCAGCUUCAAACUGAAGUGGAGGAGGCAGUGCAGGAGUGCAGGAAUGCAGAGGAGAAGGCCAAGAAGGCCAUCACUGAUGCUGCCAUGAUGGCAGAGGAGCUGAAGAAGGAGCAGGACACCAGCGCUCAUCUGGAGCGAAUGAAGAAGAACAUGGAGCAAACCAUCAAAGACCUGCAGCACCGCCUGGAUGAAGCUGAGCAGAUCGCCAUGAAGGGAGGCAAGAAGCAGAUUCAGAAGCUCGAGGCCAGGAUCAGAGAAUUGGAGAGUGAAGUUGAAGUUGAACAAAGGAAAUCAAGUGAUGCCGUCAAGGGAAUACGAAAAUAUGAGAGACGGAUUAAAGAGCUGACGUAUCAGACAGAAGAGGAUCGUAAGAAUCUUACCCGUCUGCAAGAUCUGGUGGACAAGUUGCAGCUAAAGGUGAAAUCCUACAAGAAAGCUGCUGAGGAAGCUGAGGAACAGGCCAACAGUAAUCUUACCAAGUUCCGCAAACUUCAACAUGAGCUCGAUGAAGCUGAGGAGCGAGCUGACAUUGCCGAGUCUCAGGUCAACAAGCUGCGCGCCAAAAGCCGUGAUGUGGGAUCAAAGAAAGGACUUGAUGAAGAAUGAAGUUCACCUUGAAAUGAUCAUUUCUGAGACACCUCUUGGUCCUGCAAUGAAGUCUCCCUAUGCAUGUGUUUUUGUUUAGUAGAAUAAAGUUAAUGAGCAUCUCAAA